ACUCCUGCACCCGGAGGCCUGGGUUCAGGUUCCACCUCUCCAGUGGUGUGUAAUAGCAUCUGUGAACAGCUUGAUUAGAAAAUAUCUGGUUCUCAAUGGGAUCGCUCCUUAAUCACUUCUUAGAAGUGAUUGACCAGGGCCUUGGACAAUAAUGAAAGUGUUGAGACAGGACUAUGUGAUACAGCUUCUGCAUUUCAUGCUAGUUGGCUGUUAGAAAAGUUAUACAUAAUAUUAGGGCUCUUGUGGCUCACUAGUAGCGUCCUUACCUCUGAGCCAGGAAGCUUGGGUUCAAAUUCCAGCUAUGUGUAAUAACCUCUCUAACCAGGUUGUUUGAACCCAGUCAUGGGCCUGGACAAGCUGACCAUCAACAGAUCCAGGCAGUGGGCCAUUCCAGCCGAGCUCAGAUACUCCGGAAGGACGACAGCAUGCGGUGCUUAUUGACAGGGGUGAGGCCUUUUGAGAAGGUGGGCACCGCAGGGGCUGGGCUACUUCAUCGACCCAGACGAUGUUAUUGUGAUUGGACAUGAUGAACUGCGGGGGGCGGCGCGGGCCGCUGCCGCCGCCGCCCUUUCGUAGCCGCACACCUCCGACCAGCAGAGGGUGCAGUAUCGGGGCGCUGCCCAGGAAGUGACGUACGGUUGGUCGCCUCACGGAAUGUCUCCGUUACGGAAACCGCUGCGCUCUGACAGGAGUUCCGGACGCAGGUUACCCUAGUGACGGAACCCGCAGGGUGACCCAGAAGAGUGGCGGCGAGGAAGACGGCAACAAGGUUCUUGUCAGCGGCAAAGCGGAGAGAGGAGGAGGAAGGGAGGGUCUUGCCCUCACCAGCGAGGUCACGAUUUGGAUGAGCCAUCAGAGACUGAAAUAUCUCAAAGAUGACACAGAGUGACAGUGUGCCUUGUGAUGCUGUGGGUAGAAGAAUCAUGUAUCGGGACGAAUAUGGGACUGUGCGCUUUGUAGGAACAGUUGCAUCAGCGCCUGGAGUCUGGCUUGGAGUGGAAUGGGACAAUCCUGAACGAGGAAAGCACAAUGGGACACAUGAAGGUGUGCAGUAUUUCCAAUGCAGUCACCCCACAGGUGGCUCGUUCAUUCGCCCUCAAAAGGCAAACUUUGGAGUCGAUUUUCUCACAGCAGUGAGGGACCGCUAUGGCCAGGAGGGCAAUCAAGGAAUACAGGACUGCCGGGGCAAUCCGCUUCGCUGGGGCAAGAAACCUAUUGAAUUCUUGGGAAGCCAAGACGUUAAACAAAGGUGGUUUGAUGCAUUGUUGAUUGUUUCAGUCAGUGGGUGUCAAGUGAGCCAUGUCAAUGAAGAGGAGGAGAUCUCAGAAGUCUGCCCAAAUAUUAUAGAGCUGGAUUUAGCCAAAAACCUGCUUGCUUCCUGGGAUAAGGUUGCACAAAUUACUCGACAGUUGAGGAAACUUGAACACCUUGAUCUCAGGUAUGGAAUCUAUGUAGGUUACUGAAGGCUGGUAAUUUCAGCAACUUCUUAUUAUAAACCCAAUUUUAUUUUAGCUGGGGAGACAGUCUGUUAUCAAAGCAAGGUGCAGGAAAAUAAAGCAUUAUUUGGUUCCAAGUGAAAUUCAUCUGUUUAAGAUGUCAUAACUGUCUGUGGCAACUGUCCCCAGUCUGUUAUGGUUCCAGACAGGAUAUCCCAAAUUGUCAUGCUCCCAGGUGAGGGAGGAAUGGAUGGAGUGCUGUUUAUUCACUCACCCCCUCAGUUGGUCACAACAAGGUCAAUUUAAAAAUGGAUCUGUUCCCUUGUGGAUACCCUUCUGAGAACCAAACGAACUUAAUUUUAAAAAGGAGCCAAUUUAACCAGACUUUCUUGAAUGAACAAAAGAUUGAGUUUAUUAGUUACUAAACAGGAGAAAAAUUAGUAACAAAACACACAAAUUAGUACUAAGAAGUGAGUCCAAAAAAGAUAAAAAUUAAAAUAAAGAUAUAUUGUAAGUCUGAGUUGUUCAACAAGAGUAGAUAGAAUAACAUUGUGGCCUUUACAUUAGAUGGUACCAGUAGUGUUGAUAUUGGUGGUUGAGGGGUUAAUUUCAAAGUUCUUGACUUUUCAGGUUGAUUGAGAUUCUUUAGUCCUGGUUCCUCUCAAUGGUAGCUGACUGGCAAUACUCAGAGCAAAUGAGUUCUAUCCCUUUCUUUAGCCACAGUGUAGGGGUGUUCUCAAACUGUGAUCUUCACUACACACUGAUCUACAACUAGUACAUCAGGCUGUUAACACACAGACCAGGGCUUAGAGUCACUUUUACUGUGUGUUCCUGAAACUUUGCCAAAUAAUGAGUCAAUUUACAUCUUUUAGUUGGAGCAGUCGUAUUUCGAAAAUCACAUUUUGGAAUUUAAAGUUCCAAAUGUUCACAAGUGCUUGUAUGAUCUGUUACUUGUAUGAUUGAUCAUGAGAGGAGAAAUGACCUUAAGAUUCUGUUCUAUUCUAAAUUCAAGCUCGGCCAUCCAAUACUGCAUCAAGAAACAUUUCCUCAGGCAAAGAAUUGUGGAAAUUUAACACACUGUGAUUACCCCCAAAAGCUGUUGAAGAUUGUAAGGUUUUUUGUGAGACAAGGGUAUGAAGGUUUAUGGAGCCCAGGUGGAUUAAUCCAAUUAAUAUACAGAUCAGCUAUAAUCUAAUUGAAUGGUAGGGCAGACUUGAAGUCCUGAAGACUCCUAUUCCUGUUCCAAUAUUAUUAUUAAUCAAAUGCUGUUUAUCGAGGGCUGUCCAAACUUUUGUCCAUCAUCAGCGUAAGACCCAACAACCUUAUCAGGAUAACUAAUGUGUUCAGUGGUGCUUCUGCCCAGUGACCAUAUAAACAUUUUCAACCAUGAACAUAAAUGAUUUAACAGCAUCAUGGGAUUGUAAUUCAUUCUAUUUGGUUCUGAUAAAGGUACUUUCAAAUUUUAUGAAGCUAAUGUACAUGUGCAUUGAUAUCUUAUUUUAUGAAACAAUUCCAUGGUUAUGGCUACAUUCACGUGAGCUAUGAGCUAUCAGUUUAAUCUAUUUGAUAAUCAAAAGAUGGUGUGGUUAAACCGCAGUGCAGAACCCUGAGUGUAUAAACUGGGGUGACACUCCCCUGUGUAGUAUUCACGGAGUACUGCUUUCUGGUGAGAUUUUAAACCAUGGUCCUGAGUCCUCUCAAGUGAACAUUAUUAUUACCCUGUUAGCUUACAAUUUCACCUUAAAUUAAACAGACAUCCCCAAAACAUCAUAAACUUAUAAAUUCUGUAUUUGUAACGGAUAAUUGUGGCUCUUAAAGGGAUGCUCAUUCUCUGUUUCAGCACCCGAGGCUUUGCAAUGUUAGGUCAGAAGUUGUAUCAAUAUAUUUUCAUUCAUACUUGGAAAAGAGGUUGGUUUUAUUUCUAGCUUUAAGACAGAUUCAUAACCAAUUUUGGAUUAGAUAACGAGUUUCAUAUCCUGCUUAGAAAGUUUUUCUCCCCAGACUAUUAACCUAAAAGCCUGCUGGCAAAGGGAAACGCACCUCUGUUUCUCUGGAUAGCAUUUGCAGCACAGUAACCUGCAAUAGUACAUGCUUUUAUCGUGACCUGAGUGCUCAGGGUGACAGAUGAGUUGGUGCAGCAGUGAUCCAAGCUGCCCUGUGAUUUUCAAACUCUUCUCACACGUGGUGCUUGGCUGAAUGCCAGAGUUCUCUGCCUUUUGGUCUUUUUAUUUCCAACUCUUAUAGAGGUUUAUUAAAUCAUGAGGGGCAUAGAUAGGGUGAAUAGCAAAGGUUUUUUCCUUAGGGUGGGGAAUUUCAAGACUGGGGGCAUUUUUUUAAGGUGAGAGGAGAAAAAAAUAAUAAACGACAUGAGGGGCAACAUUUUUAUGCAGAGAGUGGAUAGUGUGUGGAAAUGAGUUGCCGGAGAAGUGGUGGAUGCAGGUACAGUUACAACAUUUAAAAGACAUUUGGGUAAGUUCAUGAAUAGGAGGGGUUUGGAAGGAUAUGGGCCAAACGCAGGCAGGCA